CAAAUCAUUUCAUUAUAUAUAUAUAGUUCAAGAAACCCCAAAAAAAAAAAAAUAGAGGGAAACCCAUUCAAGAUCUUGUCGUGUGAUCGUGAGAACAAUGGCGAUAACGAAGGUGAAGAUUAUGAACACAACUCACGUGAAACCGAAGAAUCCGCUUGGGAAGAAACAAUGCAAUCUCACGACGUUUGAUCUCCCCUACUUAGCCUUCUACUACAACCAGAAGCUCCUUCUCUACAAGACCGAGAGCAACGUUGUCUUCGACGAGGAUGUCGUGGAGAAACUCAAGGAUGGUUUGCGUUUGGUUCUUGAAGACUUUUACCAACUCGCCGGAAAACUCGCAAAGGACGACGCCGGGGUUUUCCGGGUCGAGUAUGACGCCGACGACGGAGAGAUCGACGGCGUAGAAUUCUCGGUGGCGGCUGCUGAUGACGUCAGCGUGGACGAUCUGACGGGUGAGGAUGGGACGGUGACGCUCAAGGAGUUGGUUCCGUACAAUGGGAUCUUGAACGUGGAAGGACUUCGCAGGCCUCUCCUUGCUGUCCAGGUGACGAAGCUGAAAGAUGGGCUGGCGAUGGGCCUGGCCUUUAACCAUGCCGUCCUGGACGGUACCUCCACGUGGCACUUUAUAAGCUCAUGGGCCGAGCUCUGUCAUGGGGCCCACUCAAUCUCCGCCCAACCCUUCCUCGACCGCAGCAAGGCGCGUAACGUGCGCGUCAACCUCCACCUCUCCCUCCCCAACGGCGACUCCGCCGCCGCAGCGCAGCCGCCGCUCCGCGAGAAGGUCUUCAGGUUCUCCGAAUCCGCUGUCGACACGGUCAAAUCGAGGACCAACGCCUCCGGCUCAGACUCCAAGCCCUUCUCCACCUUUCAGUCCCUCUCCGCCCACAUCUGGCGCCAUGUCACCCUCGCACGCGGCCUCAACCCCGGCGACGUCACUGUCUUCACCGUCUUCGCCGAUUGCCGGCGGCGCGUCGAUCCGCCGAUGCCAGACGAAUAUUUCGGGAAUCUGAUCCAGGCGAUCUUCACGGGGACCGCCGCUGGGCUCCUGGCAACGGAGGGUGGACCGGCGAUUGGCGCCACCGUGAUCCAGAAGGCGAUCGCAGCGCACGACGCGCGAGCGAUCCAAGCGCGGAACGAGGAAUGGGAGAAAUCUCCGAAGAUCUUCCAGUGGAAAGACGCCGGAGCCAACUGCGUCGCCGUCGGGAGCUCGCCGAGGUUCCGGGUAUACGACGUCGAUUUCGGUUGGGGAAAACCGGAAUUCGUACGGAGUGGGUCCAAUAACCGGUUUGACGGUAUGGUUUACCUGUACCAAGGGAAAAGUGGAGGAAGAAGCAUCGAUGUGGAGAUCAGUCUGGAAGCUUCGGUCAUGGAGAAGCUGGAGAAGGACGCAGACUUUCAUCUGAAGAUGACGGAGGAGGGGAAGACGGUGAACGGCAUUGCUUAAGAAUAUUUUAAUAUAAUAAUUGGACAUUAAUAUGGGCUAAUUAGUUAGUUAAUUAACUCAAAAUCUCGUUUUGGGUUUAAUCAGUUAAUUAAUUGAGCCCUUGAUUUAAGCAAUUAGGGUAUUUGCACUUGGGUGACAAUAAUUAUCCUCUUCGUAGGGUGUGAUUAUUAUAAUAUUCGGAGUUGAUGGUGUCUCUCUGGCACCAUUGUGAGUUUUAAAAUUGCAUUCUCAUGGAACUUUUAAUUAGUGGAUUCAUGUAUAUCUCUGCACUCGGAUUUCGAAAUUGUGAUUUGUGGGUUCUAAUUUA